AUGGUCGAGGUUGGCGGAUGGACGUCGUUCCCCGUGGUGUUCUUCGACGGCGAGAAGGAGAUUAACAUCGGCGACGUCAAAGUCGACCCGACGCUCGAGUACAAGCCGUUUCAGCACAUGCUCAGCCAGAAGAUUGGGAUCUCACCCAACCAAAUCUCCAUCUACCUCGUCGACAGGGGGAGGAGCCGCAGGACGCUGUUCGCGGAGGAUCGGCGGCGGAUUCCGAUCACCGGGAAGGUCAACUUCGGGCUGAUUUGCCGCCAGAAGAACUGCUCCUUCCUCGUCGUUCUGAAGAGAUCGCGCAAGUCGAGGAGCCGCAGGGAGAGGGCGGCGAACGGUGUAGAAUUCGCCGGUUUUUUCUCCGACGGCGAGUUUCUUCAGCAUCCGCAGAUGCGUCCGGUGCCGGAGAAUCUGGUGCUGCUACGGAGGAACCAACAGAUGCCGUUAUACGGCCGGAUUACGCAGUCAGAGCUCUCGGAUUUCAGCGACCGCCUUCAUAGCCUGAGGAUUCAGAGGGAUAAUUACCAAUUUGCGAUGGGGAAGGGUGAUUUGGAUUCGCCGGGUUUCGUGGCCGGCAGUGGCCAGGAGAGUAAUUCGAUUUCCGGAAUCGGCGAUUGGAAUCCCGUUACCCCGCCGGCGGCGAUGAUGGUGGCGAAUAACGGGAGCAGGAGGGUUUUCUGCGAUGAGUGCGAGAAAUCGGUGCCGGACCGCGCUAUGACGUCCUUUCAUCCGUGCGCCAAUGACGCUGUGAUUGCUGGGUUCACCGUGUCGCGGUUGGGCCCGAUUGAUCGGCCCAAUAAUGAGUUCCCUUCAUAUCCAUGGUGGUGA